AUGACUAUUCUUCUUGAUGAAAAGACCAUCGCACUGGCACAGGCAUCUAAUACAGGAUUUCCCACAGCAGAGAAUUCUGGUUGGUCAAAAUCAAUUGAUCUAUGCGAAAUGGCCGCAUUGCAGAAUUUCGAGCUGUAUAGUUCUGUGUUGGAGUCGCUGGCUUUUCGAAAGAUGUCGAUGCUUCAUAAACUUCUUUUAAAGGAUUGUUUGCUAACAUCGGCAACUCUGCAAGACGUAUCCAGCCUGCUUGAUGUUUUCUUGGAGAGUUGUCAUUUGAAAUCAUUAAGCUUGCAAACUGUCCAUGCUUUAAAAAAUCUGAACCUGAUCAUGUCAUCAUUCGAAUCUAUUGAUCUGCAAGAAGUUCAAAGUAUCGAGAACUUGGGCUUUUUCAAAUGUGAUCUUCUUAAUAUGCAUUCUAUUUGUAUGGGUUUGAAAACUACAAAAUCAUUGAAAUGCUUGGUGAUUGAUGAAUGCACGGGAUUCAUGAAACUGCCUUAUGAGAUUUCCGAAAUCAGCGGCCUGGAAGUAUUACACCUCGAUUUGAAGCAGCUCGAUUCGGUUGAUGUCGGCAAGUAUACUUCAGAAUCUGAAGAGCCAGAUUGCGUGCAACUAAAAGAAUCAUUUAGGCUUCCAAGUACACUACGGGAUUGUUCUAUUUAUGUUAAUAAUGAUCUUGUGAAGUCCAUUAUGGGAAUAUGGUUUGAGAAAUGUGACAGGUCACAGUUAAGAUUGGUAAUAAAUGAAAACGACUAUGUUGUCACCGACGAUUAUCAGAUUGUGCGACGGGAAUAA